UGGAGAGUUAAUGCUAGAGAUAUUUGGACAGCRUCGCUGGUUUUGUUGCUCUCCUAAGAGAACUCAGGAGGAUUCGGCAAGGAGCACGAAGCUUUCUACUGGGAAUCCAUUAUAUGAAACUUAUUACAAACAGGUAGACCCAGCAUACACAGGGAGAAUUGGAGCAAAUGAAGCUGCACUGUUUCUUAAAAAAUCUGGUCUCUCUGAUAUUAUCCUUGGAAAAAUAUGGGAUUUGGCUGACCCAGAAGGUAAAGGGUACUUGGAUAAACAGGGUUUCUAUGUUGCGUUACGCCUUGUAGCAUGUGCACAGAAUGGCCAUGAUGUUAACCUGAGCAGUCUGAACUUGACUGUGCCACCUCCUAAAUUUCAUGACACUAGCAGUCCCUUACUGAUGACACCCCCUGCAACAGACACUCACUGGGCUGUUAGGGUGGAAGAAAAAGCAAAGUUUGAUGGUAUUUUUGAAAGCCUUUUGCCAGUAAAUGGUUUACUUUCAGGAGACAAAGUAAAACCAGUACUGAUGAAUUCAAAGCUACCUCUUGAUAUCCUAGGAAGGGUCUGGGAUCUCAGUGAUAUUGACAAAGAUGGUCACCUGGACAAAGAUGAAUUUGCUGUGGCAAUGCAUUUGGUUUAUAGAGCUCUGGAGAAAGAGCCAGUUCCUUCCAUAUUGCCCCCUUCUCUCAUACCACCUUCCAAAAGAAAGAAGACACCUGUAUUUCCUGGUGCAGUUCCUGUUCUCCCUGCAAGUCCUCCACCAAAAGACAGUCUACGUUCUACCCCCUCUCACGGUAGUGUGAACAGUCUGAAUAGCACAGGGAGUUUGUCUCCCAAGCACAGCAUCAAACAAGCACAGCCAUCUGUGAACUGGGUAGUACCGUUGUCUGACAAAGUGCGAUACGAUGAUAUUUUCUUAAAAACAGACAUGGACAUGGAUGGCUUUGUGAGUGGCCAAGAAGUGAAGGAUAUAUUUAUGCACUCAGGUCUGUCCCAGAGCCUCCUAGCACAUAUAUGGGCUUUGGCAGACACGAGACAGAUGGGAAAGCUAAGCAAAGAUCAGUUUGCUCUAGCAAUGUAUCUCAUUCAACAGAAGGUCAGUAAAGGGAUUGAUCCUCCACAAGUGUUGUCCCCAGAUAUGAUCCCUCCCACGGAGAGGAACACUCCAAUACAGACUCUCUCAGGUUACUUGACCCCUGUAGGAACAGAAAUUUCAGCACUAACAGAAAUGCGUCGUGAUAGCUCAAGUUCUGUUGGAUCAGGAGAAUUUACGGGAGUGAAGGAACUUGAUGAUAUUAGUCAAGAAAUUGCACAGCUGCAGAGAGAAAAAUAUUCCCUAGAGCAGGAUAUUAGGGAAAAGGAAGAAUCAAUCAGACAGAAGACCAAUGAAGUUCAGGAGCUGCAGAACGAUUUAGACAGGGAGACAAGUAACUUGCAGGAGCUGGAGGCUCAGAAGCAAGAUGCCCAGGACCGCCUGGAUGAGAUGGACCAGCAGAAAGCCAAACUGAAGGAUAUGCUGAGUGACGUAAGGCAGAAGUGCCAGGAAGAAACACAGGUGAUUUCCUCACUAAAAAUGCAGAUUCAAUCUCAGGAAUCAGAUUUGAAAUCGCAAGAAGAUGAUCUUAACAGAGCAAAAGCAGAGCUGAAUCGCCUCCAGCAAGAAGAGACUCAGCUAGAGCAGAGUAUCCAGGCUGGAAAGGUGCAGCUUGAAACAAUAAUUAAAUCUUUAAAAUCAACACAGGAAGAAAUAAAUCAGGCAAGAAGUAAACUUUCACAACUUCAAGAGAGUCAUCAAGAAGUCAAUAAGAGUAUAGAACAAUACAAUGAAGCCCUCAAUGGGAUUCACGGUGGUAGCCUGACAAAUUUAGCAGACAUAAAUGAAGGCCUGGCACAGCCGGAAAGAAGCAAUUAUGGAGCUAUGGAUGAUCCAUUUAAGAAUAAAGCCUUGAUGUUUACCAAUAACACGCAGGAACUCCAUACAGAUCCGUUUCACUCAGAAGAUCCUUUCAAAUCUGAUCCGUUUAAAGGAGCAGACCCCUUCAAAGGCAGUGACCCCUUCCAGCAUGAUCCUUUUGCAGAACAGCCACCUGCUCCAGCAGAUCCAUUUGGAGGUGAUCCAUUUAAGGAAAGUGAUCCAUUUCGUACUUCUGCCCCUGAGGAUUUCUUCAAAAAACAAGGAAAGAGUGACCCGUUUACCUCAGACCCAUUCACAAAACCCCCUGCUUUACCCUCAAAGCCUGACCCUUUUGAAAGCAGUGAUCCUUUUACAUCUUCCAGUAUUUCCUCAAAAGGCCCAGAUCCAUUUGGAACACUAGACCCAUUUGGAAGUGGUGCUUUCAGUAGCAGUGAGGGAUUUGCAGACUUCAGUCAAAUGUCAAAGUCAUCAGCAUCAGAUCCCUUCACCUCCUCUUUUGGAGGAAUGGGAUUCUCAGAUGACCCUUUCAAAAGUAAAUCAGACACACCAGCAUUACCACCGAAGAAAAAUGUCCCUCCACGGCCCAAGCCACCCAGUGGUAAAAGUACUCCUGUAAGCCACCUUGGGUCUUCAGAUUUUCCCAAGCCCCAUGAUCCAUUCCAGCCAUUUGGGGCUGACAGCAGUGACCCGUUUCAAAGUAAAAAGGGGUUUGGGGACCCAUUUAGUGGAAAAGAUCCAUUUGCUCCCUCCUCUUCAAGUAAAACUUCUAAAGACUCUUCCUUGGGGUUUGCAGACUUCAGCUCUUUUGGAAAUGAAGAGCAGCAGCUGGCGUGGGCAAAGCGUGAGAGUGAAAAAACAGAGCAAGAAAGACUAGCUCGGUUGCGGAGACAAGAACAAGAAGACCUUGAGUUGGCUAUUGCACUCAGUAAGGCUGAUAUGCCAAGCUCCUAAAUAGGAGUUCUUUGCCUCUACCCUUCCAAGUGAAACCUUUAAACCCGGCUUUUAUAAAAAUACUAAAUUCUUGGUUUGUAUUGUGAGAAUAAUUCUAGUCACCCUCAACUCUAAGCAAGACUGGCUGGUUAUGUCAAGCUGGGCUCUGUGUGGCUUUUCAAAUGUGUAAUAUACAGGAAACACUGUAUAAGAUGUAUUAUACGUUUUAGGUAAAAUUUACUGCUUGUAAGAAGUUUAACAUAUGAUCCUAAGAUACUGGAAGCCAAGUUUCUUUAUUUUGAAGACCAUGUUGCAUAUAGUAAACUGCAGCUUAUGAAUCUAACUUUUUAUUACCUAAAUUCCAUUGUUUUUUGAGCCUGCAGUAUGCAAUUAAAAGAAAAUAUCAUAAAAAGACAAUAUUUAUAGAGUUAGCUUUCACUUAUCACAUCAAUUGAAUUAGUCAUAGUAGGCUAAUGAAUACAAAUCCAUCUAUGUCAAAAUCUUCAGCAUAAAUUCAUUAUUAGGUGCUCCCUUUUUAAUAAAGAGUUGCAUCUCUUGUGGAAGAAUCUGACAAUUUAUGAUGAAUAUGAACGCUGGGAACUCUAURAAAUACUUUGAAGCCUCUACAAAUAAGGAGUAGUUCUUAUAUCAACUUUUAUUUGCAUUGAGUUUUAAUAAUCAUAUGUGAUGUUGUAAAAGAGGGAGUUAAUCCGGUUAUAGUAAAUUGGACAAGUGAUGACUUUGGCAAUUAAAUCAUUAGGUAAAAUCAUGCUUUGUCUCAUAAGCAAAUACGAUUACAGGACUGUGAUGCAAGAUCAAACAAUUCAAAACUUUGCAAGUUUAAGCUAUACUCAUUGCUGUGUUUUAUUUUACCCUCUUUUACUUCAAGCCCCAGAAACUAGAUCAUAUUUGUGUUAUCCAACUGACUGUGUGAGACUGUCUACCUCUGUUUCUUUAAUUCCACUGGUCUUAUAUUAUGGGGAUACAAAUCAAAAAUAGCUGAAAUAUGGCCAAUUUGAAACAGAUUUCAUUUGCCAAAUACAUGUUCAUGCAUAAGCUAUACUGGUAGACUGGAUUGGCUUUAAAAGGCAGGUUGCAGUAUUAGGUCCAAAUAGGAAGAGAUUUUAAAUGCUGUUCCUGUAGAACUCUACAUAUUCCCUUGGUAAAGAUGAUGCAGAAUGUUUUAUGUGUCAUAUCUAAAACAAGUCCUUAUGAUAAAUUUGUGAAUUACCUACUGAAUUGCUUACUAAAAAUGCCUUUUUUGGUACUUGCAGGAAUUCUAACACUUCAGUUGUCUUUGCCUUGGACUCCUACAUCUAAAUAGAGUAGACACCUAGCACAAAAUUUUCCAUCUGUCUUUAAUGUAUAUCUGCUUUCCUAUCCUUGGUCCUGUAGGAAUACCAACUGGGUAUUUAACA